AUGUCUACUACAUGGAUCAAGGGCCCCGAAAACAACAUUGGUAUUCACCAUGGCGAAGCCUCAUACAGCGGCCCUUCUGGCGAGGUUGUUGUGACCAUCCACCGUGGGGGAACUGUCAUUGCAAAGAUCACCAGCCUCCAUAUCUCAGAUUCCUGCAUCGAUGGCAUUCAGAAUUAUAACGCGUGGGUGGGAAGUGGUGAACGAGCUUUGCUGGGCAUUAUGCUAUCCGCUUGGAAGGAUUUGACGACAAUUUCUCGUCAUGAGAUAUCAUCUAUUCAAAAUAAUUAA